ACCUUCACCUUCUCUCUAAACUUCAGAGUCCUGCGACCAGUAGUAAAGUUGCAGAACAACAGAGGAAACAACAAAUACUCAUACACCAGCAACUCUGACGAUAACCUGCUGAAGAACAUUGAACUGUUUGACAAACUCGUCCUGCGAUUUAAUGGCCGCGUCCUGUUUGUCAAAGACGUGCUGGGGGAUGAGAUCUGCUGCUGGUCUUUUUAUGGCGAAGGCCGCAAGAUUGCUGAAGUGUGCUGCACUUCCAUUGUCUAUGCUACAGAGAAGAAGCAGACCAAAGUUGAGUUUCCCGAAGCCCGAAUAUUCGAAGAAACCCUCAAUAUCCUCAUCUAUGAGAACAACAGAGGAUCUGGACCAGGAGGCUUGCACCUUUUAGAUUCAAGAGGCUCCGGUUCAUCGCUGGGAACUGGUCAGUCAGAGGAAGAGGGUGACGUGGGAGGGGAUAGACGAGUACGACGGAUCCACGUAAGGAGACACAUAAUGCAUGAUGAAAGAGGCCACGGUCAGCAAACUGUGUAUAAGGACUAAUAAUGUGAAAACAAGGCAGGGGAAAGGGACUUAAAAAAAAUCCCAACAUAGUUUUUUUUGUUUGUUGUUUUAUUGUUUUUUGAAUGCUAAGGGAAUGAAAAACACGUCUUCGAUGACAGCAAUAGUUUGGUACGUAAUUUCAUUAAAUGUCCUCAGACUUUUCAGAAAUGUUGGUUGAUGACUGAUUUGUAAAUUAGGUCUGAGUGUGUGUGGAAAGGAAAAUGCAUCUGUUUACAUGAAAACAAUGUGUGUACAGUCUUUAGAUGGGAAAUACUGGUAGUGAUACUGGCAUUGACAUUACUUUUCAGAGGUUAAUGAACCUCCUGCAAGCUACUGAAUGGUCCUCAAAACCCAACGUCCACACAUCUUUAUCUUAGAGCAGACAACCUAAUGUCCAUGUGGGUUUUAAUGACACGCACAGGCAGCCUUUUCUGUGUGUGACUUGUAGGAAACACUGUGUCAGGUUAUGCAGGCUGUGAAACUUUAUUCCCCUUUCUCUUCUGGAGUGAGAUGCUGCCGAACAUUGAUGGACAGAGGAUAGUGAAGUUGAGCCUAGAUAUUGCAACACUGGAAUAAAACACAGUAGCCAUUUUUUUUCCCGGGGGCCCGGGGGGUCUUUGUGAAUGAUGAGCAGCUCAGUUUUCUUUAUUUAUGUUAUUACAGCUGUUGCUUCAAGAUGUUUUUAUUAAUUUAUGAACCUAAUUUAUUGUUUGGUAUUUAACUUUUGUAUUGAGUCUUUGUGUUCACUCGUGCUUAAAGGA